AUGGCAUCAAGAGCCAACCCAAACCCGAACCGGAACCCAAUCCCAAACGGAAACGCAACCGCAAACGGCGACCACAGACCCGGUGCCCCACCGCCACGACAACCGCCGUCGCCCUCCUCCUCUUCAAACCCCCACAACAGCAGCAACCACCGCCACUACUACCCCACGACGUCGUCAUCCUCCUCCUCUGCUUCCUUCAAGGGCUGCUGCUGCUGCCUCUUCUUACUCUUCUCCUUCCUAGCCCUCCUCAUCCUCGCCGUCGUCCUCGUCAUCGUCCUCGCCCUCAAGCCGAAGAAGCCGCAGUUCGAUCUCCAGCAAGUGGGCGUCCAGUACAUGGGCAUCAACUCACCCAAUCCCACCGCAACCGCCGACCCCAACCAAAACCCUACCUCCGCCUCCCUCUCUCUCAACAUUCGCAUGCUCUUCUCCGCCGCUAACCCCAACAAGGUCGGGAUCAAGUACGGCGAGUCCAGGUUCACUGUCAUGUACCGCGGGAUCCCAUUGGGCAAGGCCUCCAUCCCCGGCUUCUACCAGGAUGCCCACACUGUCCGCCAAGUCGUCGCCACCAUCGCCGUCGAUCGGGUCAAUUUGCUCCAAGCCGACGCCGCUGAUUUAGUCCGAGACGCUUCACUCAACGACCGAGUCGAGCUCAGGGUCCUGGGUGACGUUGGCGCCAAGAUCCGCGUCUUGAACUUCGAUUCCCCAGGCGUUCAGGUGUCGGUGGACUGUGCGAUUGUCAUAAGUCCAAGGAAGCAAUCUCUUUCAUACAAGCAGUGUGGAUUUGAUGGAUUGAGUGUGUGACACUCCCCUGCUCACUUAACUACUUUCUAGUCGGUAACUUUCGAGUCGGUUAUUUUUUGUUUCACUUGUAAUUUUCCCUCUUCAAAUUGGGAGAGAAAUGAAGUUAAAAAAAAAAGAAAAAAGAAAAGAAAAGGAGGUAAAAAGUAAAAAGGAGGGGUGAAAAAAAAGAAAGAGAGAAAACCUCCUCAACAACGAAAGAUUUUUCAAUGUAUCGAGAACACGAUUUGGUAUAUCAAAUAUCGUAAUAUAAUUGGUUGGGAUUUUUUUUUAAGCUUCCAAUCAAUUGUAUUAUGGCAUUUGAUAUAUCGGAUUAUGCUUCCGGCACAAUGAAAAUUUCUCAUCCACGAGAGCCAAGUGAAUGGAGAAGUAGUAAAGAGUUUAAUAGCAAAAGAGGAAGGAAAAGAGUUCUCUAAUCAAAGAUUUUGUCCGAUUUUUAGGCGUUGGGUUUUUCAUGAGUUGGAGUUUUUGGAGGGUAAUUAAAGCUGCUAACCGCUGUAGAGGUGCAAAAAGUAGCGCCUUUUGUAAUGCAAUUUACGUCCUGUUCCCUA